CCAAAGCUCAUCCACCAUUUUUUUCCACUUGCUCGACCAUUUUAACCACACACAGAAACUGCUAACACUGAUGUUGUACUUUAUGAACAACUGAUUGUACAUUAUUUCGUUAUUUUCUUCCUACUUCGAAAUUCAUAUUGUUCCAUUUACACACACACACACACACACACACAGUCGAAGCCCACUGAAAUUCGAAAUCAAUGUUAUCGCUGAGAAUUCCUCCGCCGCUGCCGCUCCCAAUCUCCUCCUCCUUCAAAUCCAAACUUCUCCGUCCAAUUCCGCCCCUUCAAACUCCUAAUCUCCCCUCGCUCUCGAUUUCCCCCAAAAAAUCGCGUCCAAAUAAAUCCCUAAUUCACGCGCAAAACGGCGACAAGGAGCUGCCGAAAGAGAACGGCGGCGAGGAAAAGGUGAACGAUGAGCGGCCGAGAUUGAAUCUGAAGUGGGCGGACCUCCUGCUCGACCGGGAUCCGGAUAACAUCGUGGCCGUGGGAUUGACGGGGCUGCUGACGUGGGCGAGCGUGCAGGUCCUGUGGCAGCUGUUUGUGAUAUCGGCGGCGAUCGUGCUCGCCGCCCUCAAAUACACCAUCGUUGCUGCUCUUCUCGUUUUUAUUCUCAUCACUCUUCUCUGAUUUUUUCAUCUGAUAAUUUUGAUUUUUAAGUUUGUGUAUAGAUUUUUUUAGAUGAGCUGAUGAGGUGUUAGUUAUUCGAUUUCAAGUUUUCUUCAAAGCGACUGAAAUUUCUUGAAGUAAUUUGGAACUCUUGAAUGACGUUGUGAAUUUGUUUACUUUAUUAAAUGAUCAGUUGUUUAAUUUUAGUUA